CUUUGUAACAUCCUUUUCUUUUCUAAACCUUCAGUCCAAGCAUAACAUGGCAGAUUUGCAAAUGGACUAAUAUACUGGAAUUUACAAGAAAUAUAAUUUGAUCUACUCUGCAGCACCAUGACCGAGGCAAGUACAACACUUGACCUGACAACAAUGUCCAUAAUAAAUUCUACUUUUACAAAUUCCACUAAGAUCCCAGUUUUAUCUGCUGGAGUAUCCGCCAGAGUUGGCAUUGCCAUUCUCUCAAUUGCCUUUAUGAUUGGAUUACCAGGAAAUGCCUUCGUCAUCUGGACAAUCUUGACACAAAUGAAGAAACGCACAGUGACUAGUCUCCUCAUUUUACAUCUAGCCGUGGCAGACAUCAUCGUCAUCCUCACAGCCCCAUUUUUCCUCCAUCUUCUUUCCACUGGUAGCUGGAGAUUUGGGAAACAUAUUUGUAAAAUGUGCCAUUACAUUAGCUGUUUAAGCAUGUAUACCAGUAUAUUCUUGAUCAUGUUCAUGAGUAUGGAUCGCUUUCUAGCUGUGGCUCGACCCUUUGUGUCUCAGAAAAUGCGAACAAAGCGGGUGGUCAGAGGCAUAGUUGCAUUAAUAUGGAUCUCAGCAUCUCUGUUAGCUAUUACAAUGUUCUUUUACCGUGCUGUAAUAACCUACAAGGGUAGCUUACAAUGUGUACCUAUUCAUACCAAUGCAGAACAUAUGGUUUUUCAAUAUAUUUUCGAGACUUUGACAGGAUUUGUUAUACCUUUCACAAUCAUUGUGAACUGCUAUGUCUACAUUGGACUGAGGUUACGUACUGCAAAGUUUCAAACAAAAAAAAAGGCAAACCGAUUGGUCAUCAUGAUUAUAGUAACCUUUGCCCUCUUCUGGCUUCCAUACCAGGUAGUCAAUAUGUUACAGGUGUCUGGAGAAAUAUUCUCAUCGAAAAUGCUCACAAAGGCAGCUUUAACAGCCAGACCUAAUGUUACAGCCUUUGCAUUUUUUAGUAGCAGUGCAAACCCUAUCUUAUAUGUUUUUGCUGGUGGCAACUUCAUUAGAACAGCUGGGGUGGGAUUCAUGGCCAAACUCUUUGAAGGGGCUGCUUCUGAGACUUCAAGUUUCCGUAAAAUCUCUCAGGUAUUUCGUCAAAGAAGUCAUACAGAAUCUGUUGAAUUAGAAAAAUGCUUAGAUCAUGCAGAACCAAGUAAAAAUAUGCUUUCUCAUCAAACAGAUCAUCUAUGAGGCUAUAUUUUUCUAAUAAAUUUCAGAAAUUAAAAAAGCAAACCUAAAAAUUGUUGAAAAAAGGGAACCUGUCACAUUGAAGAUGCAGUCUAUUCUGCAGGCAACAUGUUAUACCGCAGAGCAGGAGGAGCUGAACAGAUCGAUAUAUAGUUUGGUGGGAAAAGUUCCAGGAUAACUUGUCACUUAUUCAUGGAAAUCCCUGCUCAUUCUGAUCUACUUGUAUAAAUGGCCAUAUAGAGAUAGUGACUACGUGAGCAGAGAUUUUCAUGAAUAAAUGACAAGUUAUUCUGGAAUUUUUUCCUGAAGGUUAUGGCCGACAUUUAUCAUUGUCUUUAGACAGUUUUUUGUGUCUACAAAAGGCGCAAAAAAGGCGCAAGCAGGGUUUAGUUGCGCCUUUAUUUGUGCCUUUUGGUUUACACAUUUCUGCUGAUUUUGAGUUGCAAUCCACUGAUUUUGGCAAUACACAUGGCAUAGAAGGGUUUUAUGAACUGCGCCUUUUUGUAAAAAGACGCAAAAAGGCGCAACGCCACUGA